AUGUCUGACGAGAGGGCUAAAAAACUGGAAAAUGCCAUCAAGGCAUUCCAGGAGAAAAAGCCGUUGCCCAAAGUGGAUUUUAGCGUUUACAAAGGAGACGAUGGCAAGGAAUUACGAACUGAUGAACGAGUAAUCAAAACAACACCAGCACCAGCGACUAAAAUCCCGACAGAUGACGAACUUUUCUUACCGGGGACCUCGAACCCUCGUCUCCCUAAUUUAGCUUUCCUUAAGGACCAUUUGUUCCGGGAAGGCCGUCUACACGAGGAACAGGCUAUUUAUAUUAUAAAUUCAGCUACGAAAAUUAUCAUGGAAGAACCAACAUUGCUAGAAAUUGAUCCCCCUGUCACAUUGUGUGGAGAUAUUCAUGGACAAUAUUAUGAUUUAAUGAAAUUAUUUGAAGUUGGUGGCGAUCCAAGGAAUACCAAGUACUUGUUUCUUGGAGAUUACGUGGAUCGAGGAUACUUUUCAAUUGAGUGUGUACUUUAUUUGUGGGCGUUGAAGCUUCAUUAUCCGAAAUCAGUGUUCUUCCUCCGCGGUAACCACGAGUGUCGUCAUUUAACAGACUACUUUACGUUCAAACUUGAAUGCAAACAUAAGUACUCGCUGAAUAUUUAUGAAGCAUGUAUGAUGUCGUUUUGUACCCUUCCCUUAGCUGCGGUUGUAAAUAAGCAAUUCUUCUGUGUCCAUGGUGGACUCUCUCCUGAAUUGCACACAUUGGAUGACGUUCGCAAGCUGGAUCGAUUCAGAGAGCCUCCUACCCAUGGCUUAAUGUGCGAUUUACUGUGGGCUGAUCCGAUUGAAAAUUUCGGUGAAGAAGACAACAACCGCAGCUUCAUCCACAAUAAUGUGCGGGGUUGUUCAUAUUUUUACACCUACAAGGCAGCCUGUGACUUUUUGGUUAAAAACAAUCUUCUGUCAAUCAUUCGAGCCCAUGAAGCGCAAAAUGCUGGAUAUAGAGCGUACUUGGAAAGCAGAAAUACAGGCUUUCCAUCAGUUAUGACUAUAUUUUCAGCCCCAAAUUAUCUUGAUACUUACAAUAACAAGGCUGCGGUUGUAAAGUAUGAGAAUAAUGUUCUAAACAUUCGUCAGUUUAAGCACUCGCCUCAUCCAUACUGGUUGCCUAAUUUUAUGGAUGUGUUUACCUGGUCGUUGCCAUUUGUUGGAGAAAAAAUCACUGAUAUGCUUAUAUCUAUCCUUAAUAUCUGUACAAGAGAAGAGUUGGAAGAGGACACGGUUCGCUAUAUUCAAGAAAAAGGGAAUACUUCAAAGUAUGGGGGAAUCUUUGGUAGAAAGUCGCCACGAUCACCACGAUCACCACGGUCACCUAGUUCCCCUAGAUCCCCCCGUUCUCCUACAUCCCCCCGUUCUCCCAAAAAGCCAAUUGCAGGACAAACCCAGCAGUACGAUAGUGACGAAGAUCUUCCUGUUAAGAUUCCUGAGGAAGUGGAGCCGGAAGAAGACUACUUCCAGGAUGCUCAGUCGACAGCCAUGGAUCGAGACGACGACGAUCUUGACCAAGAAGACGACGAAGAUGAAGACGAUCUCGAAGUUCGUCGGGACAGGUUCAAGAACAAAAUUCUCGCCAUUGGACGGUUAUCGCGUAUGUUCCAGGUGCUGCGUCAAGAAUCGGAAUCGGUUAGUGAAUUUAAAGCGACCACUGGAACCAUGCUCCCAGCUGGUACUUUAAUGUCAGGAGCUGAAGGUAUUCGUAAGGCUAUCACUACAUUUGAUGAGGCUCGCAGAGUCGAUCUUAUUAAUGAACAGUUACCGCCCACUGCGGAUGAAAAAGCACAAGAAAAUGAACGACAACGAAAAGAAGCUCUGAAUAGAGCCAUGAAAGAAGCUGAUGCUGACGUUAAGAUUCGAAACCUAGCCCGAAGGCUUACUGGAGAAUAA